AUGCCUGUUAAAUUAAAUAACUACGAUUUAUCAAAACAUGUUAUAAUUCUUACUGGUGCAACUUAUGGCAUUGGUAAAGAAAUGGCAAGAAUUUUAUCACUAUUUAAUCCAAAGCGAUUGAUUUUACCAGCUCGCAAUAAAGUAAAAGGAAAUAAUUUAUUAGAAUAUAUUAAAUUUUCUAAUGGACAUAUAAAUAAUAUUGAAAUUUGGGAUAUGGAUUUAGAAGAUUUACAAAGUAUAAUCGUACAAAAUCAAAUCAUUAAAACGAAAGAUAACUUUGAAUUACAAUUUCAAGUCAAUCAUUUAGCACCAUUUUUACUUACUUUAAUGUUAUUGGAUACGAUGAAAAAAUCAGUUUCUGCUGAAUUACCUGGAAAAAUUGCUUUAACUAGUUCAGAAGCCAAUAAAUUUGGCGAAAUUGAUUUUGAUAAUUUAAAUCUUGAAAAAGGUAGUUAUUUGAAUCCUUUUCAAGCUUAUGGAAAUACGAAAUUGAUGAAUGUUCUUGUUACAAAGGAAUUAAGUCGCAUAGUUCAAAACGAAAAUAUUACAACAUAUUCGCUUCAUCCUGGAGUAAUUAUAACAAAUAUAAAUCAUUUGAAUAGAAACUAUUUAAAUUAUCUCCUUUACAUAUUAUUAAUAAUAUCUAGGGUUGAAAUAACGACUGAACAAGGUGCCAUCAACGUUCUUUAUCCUGUAUUUUCUCACGAAAAUAAAGAAACGGGAAAGUAUUAUAAGGAUGGUGUUGAAGAGCCAAAUAAAGUUGCGUAUGAUCAAGAAGUUGCAAAAAAAUUGUGGGAUGUUUCUGAAAAAAUUUUAAAAAAUCAUGGAAUGAUUUAG